AUGUCGAACCCCCAGGAGGCAUGGAAACAAUUGCAACGGAUGGCUAAUCGAGCCCAGAGAGGAGGCGGCGGAGGUCCUUCACCUAAGGGUAUCGCCGGAGGUGUCGGCGGCCUGCUGUUGCUUGGAGGAGCUGUCCUUGCAGCAAACAAUGCGCUCUUCAACGUUGAUGGUGGUCACAGAGCUAUCAAGUAUACGAGAAUUGGUGGUGUGGGCAAGGAGAUCUACUCCGAAGGAACGCAUCUCAAGAUCCCAUGGUUUGAGACACCAAUAGACUACGAUGUUCGAGCUAAACCACGCAAUGUCGCUUCCCUCACGGGUACCAAAGAUCUUCAAAUGGUCAACAUUACCUGCCGUGUCCUAUCUAGACCGAGGAUCGACGCCCUUCCUCAAAUAUACCGAACACUUGGUACCGAUUAUGAUGAGAGAAUCUUACCGUCAAUUGUCAAUGAGGUCCUCAAGAGUGUGGUUGCGCAGUUUAACGCCAGUCAAUUGAUUACACAGCGUGAAAAUGUCGCAAGAUUGGUUCGAGAUAAUUUGUCGAAGAGAGCGGCGAGGUUUAACAUCAUGUUGGAUGAUGUUUCUUUGACGCACCUUGCAUUCUCACCUGAAUUUACCGCCGCCGUCGAAGCCAAGCAAGUCGCACAGCAGGAAGCCCAACGUGCUGCCUUCGUCGUGGACAAAGCACGUCAGGAGAAGCAAGCAAUGGUUGUCCGAGCUCAGGGUGAAGCCCGUUCUGCCGAGCUUAUUGGAGAUGCCAUCAAGAAGAGUCGAUCAUAUGUUGAUUUGAAGAGAAUCGAGAAUGCAAGAGCUAUUGCACAGAUCUUGCAAGAGGCUGGUGGACGGAACAAGCUUUAUUUGGACUCUGAGGGAUUGGGCCUGAACGUUACCGAGAGCUAUGAGGACAAAACGAAGAAGUAA